UGACUUGACGUUUUACAAUUUCUUAUUUGAAUAAAAGUAAUACACGAAAACCAAAAGGUUAUGCUUGUUAUGUUUAUCUUUUUUAGUUUUGUAUUGUAACUUCUUUAAAAAAUGUUUGGUUUAAAAUUAAAGUACUUUCUAAAUGUAUCUGAGAAGAUAAUUGUAAGAAACUUAAGAAAUAGGCAGCGACCAGAGGUUAGUGCAAACCCGGGAUUGAAUAAAAGAAUACAAGCUUUUCAAGAGCAGGGAAUUAAGAUCGAAGAUGAAGAUGCAGAGGAGUUUCUUGAAAAAUCAAACAGUAAUUUCUACAAUGUUGGUGAAGCCUACAAUGAACAUUUAAACGAAACUUUGAUAGGAAAACAUGACCUACAACACAAAAUUGUGAAGGAGAAGUAUUUCAAAGAAAAUCUGCCAAAUCUAUUGACUUGGAGUGAAAAAGAACAAAUUCGCCAUCUUGCUACAACACAACCUGAUGAAUGGACACCACAAAGAAUAGCUGAAAGUUUCCCUGUUACAGUUCCAGUUGUAAAGAAAUUAUUAAAAUAUCCUUGGAAGCCGGCCACUGAAGAACGGAUAGCACGGCAUGAUGCAUCCGCUAUGAGAAAUUGGAGAGAACUUAAGGAGGGAAAUUUAAAUAUACCAGAAGACUUAAAAAAACGCUUUUUAAAGUUUUCCGAACGUCAAAUACCUCCUCUCAAUCAGAAAUCAAUUAAAGUUGACUUAACACAGGCGGAAAAAAUAGGUGAAUUUGAACAAAUUAUACAAACGUGUGCAAAAAAAGAUAACGCUGAAAAAGAAACAGAAAUGUGUGAUAAAACACAGCAAAACAGUAACAAUAGAAAGAGCAACAAAAAAGAAACAAUAGAUCCACAAAGAUUGACAUUACAGGAUUUAACUGCAAGAAUAAAAGAGAGAUUAGAAAGCGGAAGUGAAGUGGAUACUCCAGAUAGAAUAAUCAUAGACACUGUAAGCGCAGAGAAAUCAAAACUUGUAAAUAAUACAGAAAUUGAUCUAGUAAGUUAUAAAGAAGAAAGUAAUUUAAAAGAAUACAAAGAAUCUGAUACAUCAAUCACUGCAAUAAAUUAUCCAGAACGAAUAAGGAUUCCUAAAAAAGCGUACAAAAAAGGUGCCACAUACAAAAUGAAUGAUUGCUACUACGAUCAUGACGGAAGAUUUUUAUACCGAGUUUUAGGUUUAACAGAAUAAUUAUUGAAUAAAUGAAACAUCAACAUUCGAAGCCUUAUUCUUUUAUACAAAAAUUAUAUGCAUUUUAAUAUAAUAGGUCCAUUACAGUAAAAUAACUUAAAUAUACUCAAGUAAUAUAUUGCUAGAAUGUGUACACACAAAAGUUAUUGCAUGUUUUUUUUAUUAUAUUUUUUACAUACAAUUGUUAUUCAAGAUAUA